AUGGCUACUUUAAAGCGCAAAUCACCGGAGUUUUUGUCUGCGCCUGACGCGACCCCGACAGGACGACCAGUCAAGAAGCUGCGUCUGACUCAGAGCCAGAAGCAAGCGUUAAUCGACAAUCUUCAACUUGAAAUCACUGAGCGAGCUCGAAAGCUCCGCUCCCAAUAUGCCCUACAGGCGAACGACCUCCGAUCGCGCAUUGAACGACGCGUCAAUCGUAUUCCAAUCUCACUCCGCAAAGCCAACAUGGGCGAGCUCCUCGAAAAGCACAACGCGGCCCUAGCUCAAGCUCAAUCUGCUUCUCCUCCACGAAAGAUCUCCCCAAUCAAGGCCCAGCGACCUAUUCCUACUAUUGGUUCUAUUGACCAGGCUCUCUCGCCAGCCGGUACACGAACCCGCCGCCCGAGUCAUGAUGGCCAUUUCUCCGACAAAGAGAACGGCGGUCCAGAAGGUCUACAAAAUCCAAAGCGCCGCGGUAAAGCUCCUGGUGUCGGCAGUACAUCCCGCGUUGUCUCACAAGAAGUUCGAGGCAACGAUCACCGUAUCCUCUCUCCCAAAUCCUCCAACUCCCGCACAUACCCACAAUCGCCCUUCCGAGCUUCACCAGAAAAGGGUCAACCGUCUUACCUAUCACGCCCUACUUCCCCACUCAAACCAUCUAGCCCGCUCCGCGCUCCUCCCGGUAGCAUCACUCGUCCUCGUGGCGCAACUACUUCCACUGUCAAUUCCUGGAACCAGCCUUCCCAAGCAAGGAAGACUGCUCGCGCUGCCACAGGCCCCAAAACAUCUGGACGGUCUCCUCUUCCGAGACCUGCAACGAGACAGGGUGAACGGAAGAACAGUUUUUCUUCAAAUGCUUCAUCCGGGACUACUGUGAUUAAACCUACUCGCACUGGCACUGGUGCUCGCAAGGCGACAGCUAGCACUGCCUCUACCGCUGCGAAGAAACCCACUGCCCCUCGUGGACAGACUGCGUCUUUGGCUGUGAAGAAGAAUGCCAGCACAGCCUCGGUGCGGAAGGCUACUGCGCCUGCUUCUACAACUGAGGCUUCGGCACGGGGUACUCGGGCUCUGCGGAAACGCGUAUAA